UGGUCAGUGGAAGUCCCUUGCAACUAUAAUCAGCCAUUUGCUUGGUUGUGUAACUCAAGCAGUAAGGCAGCUCAUCAAACAUGAUGGCUGGCUUGGCAUCUACAGGGCUGUGGCUACUUGUAAUACUGACUGGUGCAAUUAAUGGAUACCCUGCAAAGACAGCCUCGAGUCAUCCUGGGGCUUCCAGUGCAAACCCUCCUUUUGGUUCCAGCGGUGUGGAACCUGCCCCUGGAUCUGUCCCUGCAAAAUCUGCUUUCCCAACUGCACAAUUUCAUCCAGAUGCGAAACCUGGUUCCAUUCAUCCCGGUGCUCCGAUAAAACCAGUUCCUGCUCACCAUGGUUCCGAUGCAUUUCCUGCACCUGGACAUCAAGGGUUUGCUGGUGGCUCUCAAGUAGGCUCAAUACAGCCAAGACUUCAAUCCCCACCAAGCCAAGUUCAGUGGGCAGUUGCUCCUCCCAGUCCUUUCUCGGGUAGACCUUCCUCUCCUGUUGAGCCAAGCUUUGUCUCAGAAGGUCCUGGCUAUGUGAGUCCACCGGGCCCCUUCCCUCUUCUAUUCCGGCCAGGUGAAACGUCCUAUGAGGAGAAGAUGUACGAACAAGGAGAGUAUGACUCUGAAUCUCAAGACAAAGCGAGAAAACUUCCUGCCCAGUACUUCCCAGUUCUGGCUCAAAAUGAAUUUGCCGUUGGUAGCCCGCUGGCACUGAGCUCGCUUGUGGAUAGACUCAGACUUGGCUACCCACUAAUGGAGUACUUGUGGAUGACUAGGAGGUAUCCUCCAGGCACGUACACUUUUUCCACCGAUCAGCUUGAGCAUCGGAAGAACCAUUGGCAUGACAGUCGCCACAUUGGUGAUCCAUACCGAUAUGCUCAAAAGCAACUGGAACCUUUGUCUUACCCACGUGGGAUACAGCACCCUUUUCAACCAUUGCAACAGAGGGUUGGAAAUGCUGGCUAUGGACUUCAUGAUAUUUAUGGAUGAGUCUCUAAUGGUGCUGACCUGUAGGAAGAGUCACUAAAGGUCAGGUUGUUUUAAUGUUGCAUUCAGAUUGCUCUGCUAAAAGAUUAGGGUCAUUUUUGUUUUGCUUGGUAACCUGGACUUUUCAGUCAACUCGUGCUUGCCCUUUUUUGUUUCUGUUCAGAUCAGCUGACUGCUUCAAUAAAAAUCUGACACCUUUUGCAUGUGU